CGAUAGUGCGCCGCCAUGUUGUUUCCCUGCCGCUAUUAAACACGAAGAAGAAGAGAGUUUUGCCGUAAAGCAGAACGCGUUGAGUCGGCGGAAGGUUAAAGUGAUUCCUGCAAAACACGCAUCAUGCCGUUUGUGGACGUGCAGUCGCGGCUUGGCAUCAACGUGGACCGCUGGCUGCUGGCGCAGAGCGGACCGCAGCCCAACAAACGGGCGGCUCGCUGCCACGCCUUUGAGAAGGAGUGGAUCGAGUGUGCCCAUGGCAUCGGGCAGACCCGCGCCAAGAAGGAGUGCCAGCUGGAGUUUGAGGACUUCUACGAGUGCAUGCACAGGCAGAAGACGCACGAGAGGUUGUACACGAUCCGUAAGCAGCGCGACAAGAUGGUGAAGGAGGGGACCUACACGCCACCGCCCUGCCACUCAGGCAAGUCGGACUAAUCGCCAUGAGGAAGCACACGACCAUCUGCAGUUCUGUUCUUGUGUAUAGUAAAUCAGAUAAAACUAUUUCCUGUUCGCCUGUACAAGUUUGCAAAUAAAUGUUAUCAUCCACUGUCA